AAGACCAUCACAUCAGGAACACAUGUAACCUGUCCAGAGAGGCCCCAGGCCACCUGUCUCUGUGGCUUUCUCAAUUCAUGUGGAGGAUGGAAGAGGGAGAACGCAGCCCCCUGCUAUCUCAGGGUACUGCUGGUCAAGCGCAGCCACUCGCCAGGAACAGUCCACCUGCUUCAAACAUCCCAGGUCCAGCACUCCGGGAGGAUCAGGUAGGGGGCUGGGGCUGCAGAUGCUGUCCUGGGGCAAAGCACCAGGCCUGGAGGGAAGACCAGGCCUCCUCUCUCUCACUUCCCACAGGAAGUAGCUGUGUCAAGUAUCUGACUUUCCUCUCCAACUUCCUCUUCUCCCUGCUGGCCCUGUGGGCCCUGGCAGCAGGGCUCUGGGGCCUGACUGUCAAAAGGUCUCCGGAGGGUGGCUGGGGUGGAGCCCUGCCCACGGACCCCAUGUUGGGGCUGCUGCUGGGAGGCCUGCUGGUCAGCGUGGUGACCCUGUCUGGAUGUCUGGGUGCUCUCUGCGAGAACAGCUGCCUACUGCGCUUCUACUGUGGAGCUGUCCUCACCUGCCUGGCCCUGGAAGCCCUGGCAGGGGCUCUGGUGGUGGCCCUCUGGGGUCCACUGCAGGAUGGCCUCAAGUAUACCCUACAUGUGGCCAUCAUCCACUACCGGGAUGAUCCAGACCUAUGCUUCCUCCUCGACCAAGUCCAGCUGGGACUGCAAUGCUGUGGGGCAGUUUCCUACCAGGACUGGCAACAGAACCUGUACUUUAACUGCAGCUCUCCCGGGGUACAAGCCUGCAGCCUUCCUGCCUCCUGCUGCAUCAACCCCAGGGAAGAGGGAGCUUUGGUGAACACUCAGUGUGGCUUUGGGGUGUUGCACCUGGACCCGGAUGCAGCUGGACAAGUAGUAUACUUGCAGGGCUGCUGGCCUGUGCUGCAACAGUGGCUGCGAGGGAACAUGCGGGCCAUAGGCAGCUGUGCCAUCACUGUUGCUGUGAUCCAAGGGACUGAACUCCUGUGGGCAGCCUGCCUGCUGAGGGCCCUGGCUGUCCAAAAGGCAGCAAAGGACACAGAACCCAGCCCUCUGGGAGGCGCCAGUACCACCCUCCCCACUGAGCAGAGCUGAAAAGACCCUGGUACAGGACAAGUUCCAGGCCUCUCCUCAUCUUCCAGGGAAGGUGUCGGAGGUCCCCAUGGAACAGACUCCUGGACUCCACUCCUGGCCCACUGCCUCUUUGCUACGUCUUUCGGUCUCACCUAUGUACCGAGAAUCUUAAAGGGUCUUAGUAAUGAAAACAAACCUGGAGCCAGGUAUUGGAGUGAACUGAAAGAUCAGAGAGA